AUGCCUUCCAAGAAGAAGAACGGUGCUUCCAACUCAACGGGUUACCCACCAUCCACGCUCAAACCCUGCGCCAUCUUCGUUCACGAUCCGUCCAGUCCUGUUUUUGCAUCCGGCAUCAACCUCGGCAAUGACAUCAAGAUCAAGGCCAAGAUCCGCCUCGAGACAACCAAAGGAUACGAGCCCUCUAUCACCCUGUUUCUGUAUUUUCCCGAUGGUACAGACAACGAGGACAGAGGUCACGGCGCACGUUUUACUUACAGCCAGGCUGAGGGGACAUACCGCCCUUCUCCGGAGCUGCGGAUUGGAAUCCGAUUUCGCCGUGAGAAGUGGACUCAGACGUUCGACGAGGCAUCUCCCGAGCUUCUUGGUAGAUUUACUCAGUUGAAGGGUGGACGGACGACGUUGAUCACCUUUUCAUCGGAGGCAGAUGACAAGGACAAGGUCUUUGUCGAAGGUAUGGGUAUGCCUUACGUCAACAAAUCGGAACCCGAACUUGAGCACUUCGUCAAUGAUAACGGCCGGCUCACUGGUGGUGUCAAUUUUGCCGACUUCAUACGCCGCAACACAUUCCACGUGUUGGUCGAGCUUCAACCUCACAGCGCGAAGUUCUUCUUCAGCUUGGAGCAACUGCCACCGUCCUUCGACUACCCUUAUGGCGCGCUUCAUACUUUCGAUGCUGAACGUUCCGCAUUCAUGAUGGCCAAAAACCCGCGCGAGGUCGCGUACAACGUUGCCCAUAGCUUCAAGAACGACAACGCGAUGCAGACUGUGAUGACGCAGUCAUUGAUUCAGGACUCGCUGUACGUGUGGAAACAGGCCCAGUGGAUCGCCAAAACCAAGCUGCGCGCUUACUUUGUCCCUGUCCCCAAUCGCGACGACAAGUACUAUGCUAUACUCCCCCUCCCAAAGGAUUUCAUGGACAAGUGCAAGCCUGCUUGGCAGCGCCUCAUCGACUGUCAAUUGUCUCUCGGAAAGUGGGAGCUUACAGACAGCAAGGAGCCCAGUGGAUUCUGGAAAUCCAAUUUCAUCACCUAUACGGACGGCAUCCAGGCUCUCGUGUCCCAUCCUACAGGAGAGUCUGAAGCGGUGCUUGUCACAUCGCGGCCGCCACCUGGGGAGGGAGGUAGCCAAGGCGAUGUGUCGACUUUCCUCAGCCGGUCAGAGGCCAAUGAAGCUGGCGAUGCGCACUAG